AUGACGUCAGACGUGUGUUUUUAUAUCGACAGCCUAACCCUUAAGCCAGGCAGCUAUUGGUGCGGGAGGGGCUCUCGUGGGGGAAAGGGAGGCCGGGACCCGACCCUUGGCUGGGGAGAGGGGUCCUGGCGGAGACUAGAGCGGGCCGAGAGCCGGGAGAGCCCUCCGGGGUCUGGGGGUGCCGGGCGGCUGUCUCUAACAGGUUAUUCUGGGGUAAGCCGGGCGCUGGGGCGGGCUCGGGCUUCGCUGGGGGCCGGGCGGCGCGGGGCGGGCCUGCGGGAGAGCACGCCCCCGCCCGCCCCGGGCCCGCCCCGCGCCUCCCGCCCGCUCGCCGGGGAGCCUCUGUCCCGGGCCUGGCCCGUGCGCGUCCGCCUGCUGAACCUGGGCACCGCCGGCCUCCUGGGCACGGGACUGGGCGGGAGCACUGACCUCGGCCUAGGAGGCCUGGGAUCCCCGAGCCGCCUGCGCCCGCGGGGGCCUGGAAGUCGCACGCCCUUCCCGAACCUGUGCCCCUCGCCGAUUCUCGGCGGUGCGAGGCCAGGUGCCCCCCUCUUUCCCUCCCUUCUUUCCCUCCCCCACUCCGGUGCCCGCUGGAGGUCCCGCCCGCCCGCCUCCUCCGGCAGGGGUGUAGCCGGCUGCGGAGCUGACACCGGCUCCGCGGCCACCCUGUCUAAACUCUCCGGAAGCGGCCCGAGCCGACCGGGUACUCAGGCCGUCGCAGCUCCGGCGGACCCACUGUUGGACCCGAGGCGCCGGCCCUCCUCCCGCGCCCAAACUUGGAGCACUUGA